AGGCACGCAAUGGUACGAACACAGGCUGUGUAAACAGUGCUUUUUUAGGGACAUACUGCAUAGGUAAAUGAUGACAAAGCAUCAAGCGCACAUCAUUUACAAACUAACCUCAGGGCAAAUUCUUUGUUGAUUCAGUAAAGUGGAGGUAACAUGGCACUGCAUUAGUAACGGCAUUUCCUUCUUUUGUUGUAGUGGAAAUUCUGCCCAUGCCAUUUUCCUUAUCAAGUACUGGAUCUGUAUCAUUAGCAGACUAAUUAAACUUAAAACAACAAACUUUGGUUUGUUCCCAACCUGAAUGUCCUUAUUAAAAGAAAACAGACUCAAUAUGUACUCAGAUUUUUGAAUAUGUAGUUGAACCUGUUGAGUUAUGAUCUGCACAGUGUCCAGUCCCUGAAGACCAACAGGAUACCACUGACUAGGCUGCAUUUCAUUUGACAUUUCCACUGCCAAUGACAUUAUUUUGACUUUACCAUUGUCUGUACCCACUCCUUAAUAGAAGCUUAUUUAGGUUAUAUGAAAUGUUCAAUGACAGGUCAUUUCAAUUUAGUCUACAAAGAGCUGGUUAUGUUGCCAGCUGGUUAGCUAGCUAAUGUUAGCUUUAAUUAAGCAACAGUAUUAAAACUAGCCAGCUAGCCAAGGCCGGCUAAUCUGUCAACUACCAGCUGGCCUAGCCUGCUAGCCAGCAGUGUUAGCCAAUACUAAAUCAAAGCUGGCUUACGCUUUAUGCUGACGCAAACUGUUCAUAAUUAAUAGCUUUGUCGUUACAGAUGCAGGUCUACUCAUUAAUUAAUGUCGUGAUAACAGUGCAGUGACUAGCUUGCAGGCUUUCAAGGCUAACGCUGGCGACAUUUUAACCUGUGCCAGCCAAUGUGUUUGUGGCUUUGUUGAAUGACAGCUCGCUAGCCAUGACAGGGCAACUGCGAAUAGUGACAUAUAACGCCAACAGCAAAUGGACUGGCUUUGUUAAAUGUUAAAUUGAGUGCUACUACCCACUCUCCACGAACUGGAGACCGAAUAAGUGAAAUGUUUAGGUGGCGCCAGAAGUUGGAUUCAGCUGAGGGCCAGCGGAACAACGCAACGGUGAACAGGUGGAAAAAGGAUCCAGGGACCUGGAGGCAUACAGAUUCUUUCGGGACGGCAGAUUGCAGCCGAUCACCUGCCCUUGUCCUUGGCAGUGGCAGCAGCAUACCGGAUGGUGAUUGGAGGAGGUGCAUUUCUGGUGCCAUAUGGUCUGUUAGCUGUGGUGUGUGGGAUACCUCUGUUCCUACUAGAGACUGCAAUCGGUCAGUACACCCAGGAAGGAUUCAUCACCUGCUGGAGUAAAUUGUGUCCACUAGCACGAGGGAUUGGAUAUGGAAUUUUUAUGAUGAAAAUGUAUGACUUCAGCUACAUUAUAAUCCAGGUCUGGGCUCUGUUCUACCUGAUGUUCUCAUUCAGAUCCCAGCUGCCCUGGGCCACCUGUGAGAACACCUGGAAUACAGCUAACUGUAUGGAUCCUCAGAUUUUGGAUUCACCUUCAAUAAAUCUGACAAAUCAGACUGUGUUGACCAACACCACCUUUGCUGCUACUGAGUUCUGGGAACGGCGGGUGCUGGGCAUGUCUGGAGGCAUUGAGGAGCUGGGCAGUGUGAGAUGGGAGCUGGCUUUGUGUCUUCUAGCUGCCUGGGUGUUCUGCUACUUCAGUAUUUGGAAAGGUGUCAGAUCUUCUGGAAAGGUAGCAUACUUCACAGCCACUUUCCCCUAUGUGAUGCUCCUGAUUCUGCUCAUCAGAGGCUUGACUCUCCCUGGAGCUGGAGAAGGGAUCCACUACUACCUGUAUCCAAACUUAAACCGCCUGGCUAACCUUGAGGUGUGGAUAGAGGCAGGAUCUCAAAUAUGCUUCUCCUACAGUGUGACUACAGGAACUCUGACUGUUCUGGGCAGCUAUAAUCGGCACCACAACAACUGUUAUAAGGACAGCUUUUGGCUCUGUUUGCUGAACAGUGGGACCAGUUUUGUUGCUGGAUUUGUCGUCUUCUCUGUGCUUGGAUUCAUGGCUCAGAAACAGGGUGUUACUGUUGACACUGUGGUUGAGUCAGGUCCAGGUUUGGCCUUCAUUGCUUACCCUCAGGCAACAGCUAUGAUGCCGUUGCCACAGUUCUGGACUGUCUGCUUCUUCCUGAUGCUCUUUCUACUGACUGUUGACACACAUUUUGUGACGGUCGAGUGUUUUAUCACCUCAAUAAGUGACUUGUUCCCGGAGCUGUUUCGUAAACCAGGGAGACAUGAGCUGCUCGUUCUUUCCAUCUGUUCAUCCUUCUUCCUCAUAAAUCUGAUGUUGGUCACUGAGGGAGGGGUUUACAUAUUCCAGCUUAUUGAUUAUUAUGGCACUACCAGAGCUUGUCACUAUUUCAUGGCUUUAUUUGAGUGUCUGGCUCUGGCCUGGACCUUUGGUGCUGAUCAUGUUAUUAACAUCACUGAGGACAUGACAGGACAGAGACCCUCUGUUUUCUUCAAACUGUGCUGGAAAUACGUGAUUCCUCCACUGUCACUGGGUUCCUUUAUCCUGUACCUGGUUGAUUUCAAACACCUCAAGAUUAAUGACUGGUACAUUUACCCUGACUGGGCAUACGCCUUGGGAUGGACCAUGACACUCUCCUCUGUUCUCAUGGUGCCACUGUGGGUAGCUGGGCAGAUGUGUUUAACAGCAGGAACCUUCAGACAGCGUUUGUCUGUCCUGUGUUGCCCUGCUGAAGAUCCAGCCUGGCAGAGGAGAAAAAUGGAAGAGGAGGGAACAAUUGUUGAACUGAGGACGCCUGCGACAACUUAGUGUGACCUGCAACGUCAAAUCAACUUGAUAGUUUAAUCCAUUAUUUGGACAUUUAUAAAAUGAGUUAAACAGUGUUUUGUUGCAUUUCAUUGGUCUUUUUUCAGAAAUAGUAUCAUUUCAACCUCUUAUCAAUAGCAUCCAUGAAUCUUUACUCUCACUCUUGUAAUAUCUAUAUGUAUCUAUAUAUAAAAAGUAUAUCAUAGCUGAGUAUUAAUAGUUCUGUUUUUAGCUGCACAGAACUUAUAUUAAGGUGAAGAAUGCAAUAAAUAUAAGCUACUGGGAUGUUUUUUGUCAUCAGGUUGAAUAAUUAAAAAUAAACUACUAACUAACUAACU